AUUAAAUGGUACUGCCUGGAAUGAUCUGUUAGGAAGGCAUUUAAUCAAGGCUCCCUCUAACUGAGGGAUAUAUAAUUAUGGUGAGUUCUUUAUAUCGUAGGGAUGUGAAUUUCUCAUUGAGCCUCCGAUCGUUUGAGCUCAUUGUUUAUCCCUAGCUAUCUUUGACUCUUCACGUUCAGGUAAUGGAGACUCCGCUAGAUGUACUGUCAAGAGCCGCUUCUUUAGUGCAGCCAGACACAAGGGAAAGUAAGUUUGAUAAGUAUCGAUUCUGUCUCACAUCUUUUUAGGUUUAAAGGCGCGUAUACAUGUUUUUACAGCUUACUAUUUCAGGUUUAUUCUUAGUGUUUACGUGAAGGUAUUUGCCACAUGCGAAGAACAUGUGUGUACAGAUAUUUGAGUUCAAGUUCUCUCCGAUAUUACUGCACUUAACAGGCAAAAUUUUCUUCCUUUUCUUCAGCUUUCAACGAUAACAUGAUUUUUAUGUGAAACGCUUAGCAGUAUAUUUAUAGCAUAUAGUUUUGUUAUGCAUGGUAUGAACAAUUUCUCGUUAUACCAAUAAACAAAAAAAUCCAAAUUCGACACCGUCAUAUUGUUAUUAGACGGUCCUAAGAAGAAGGAAGAGUAAUACAACAUGAUGUUCUUGUUUAAACUCUACACGGCGUAGCUCGUACUGAUUUUUGUGGGCUACCUGUUUUCACCAAGAACCAUUAAGUUACAGAACUGUUAUGAAAUAGUGGGCACGUUGCUUGCAUCACUAACAUUCCGUGCAAAUUUUUGGGCUAUUAAAUAAAGUAAGACAAUUCUUUGGUUGCUAAACGAUUAUUACGUUACGGCGUCGUGCCACUUGUCUGUCAGUGGUUAACUUUUGAAGAAAAAUUUUUUUUAAGAUUCUGUUUUCUACAAUUUAUUUAUAAUGGUGAGAGGAUUCACUUUGGACAUGAAGAAAGGUUGAAAGAUUGUCCCGCUUGUUACUACAAACCGAUGCAUGCUGGAAACUGAACGCGAAUGUGCUUGUAAUGAAAAUAUCUCGAUUGAUUAUUUUCAAACCUUAAUUCUAGAAACGGAGACGGAUGCAGGCGAGGAAUCACCCAAGGUGAUGCCUUCAGCUGAAAACCGGAGGAAACGAAAUCUUGAAAGACGAGACAUUUCUCAAGCGUUGAAUUUUGAUGACGGUCGUCUUGAGAAACUUUCGUCAGUGAAGACAGCAGGAACACAAACGUAAGUAUUGCCUCCAUUUUGUGUAAUUUAUGCCUUCUGAUGGUGUCAGCUGUGGGGUCUAGUACUUGCCUUGGUAUACUUUGUCAUCACUUUUUACAACGCUACCAUUUUAGUCGUAGAUUCAGAAAUUGUUAUAUUUACUCGGAAUGUUUUCAUUUUGUUUUUAAUGUGCUGCACGCAUUGUGUUAUCACAAUUUUCACGGAAAUGUGUAAAAAUGUAAUUUUACAUUUAGUCGUUAAGAAGAAAAGCAAACCGAAUCUAUAGCACAGUGCUACCGUUACUGGUUUUGUCAUGUGAGUUUUUCACAUUCCUUUAGUUGAAAUUGGUAGAAACUUGAAGGAUCUCUUCCAUUCUAAUAGGAACAGAAUAUUUUCUGUGUCGGAAUGUUGUAAAAUAAAUUAUAUGGUUAUAGUUCUUGCAUCGUUCUUGUAAGUUAACUUUGAGGAGUGAUUCGGAAUUCCUUUUAGAAAAGCUAUUGUAACAUAGAUUUAAGGACCAUAAAAGUUAGCUCUCAAAACUCAUGAUAUAGGAAAGAAGUUAUAUUAAAUAACAGACUCCUAAUGAACAGCUGUAUUUGAGUCUGCCAUAUGUCGAAAGCCAAUCAAGCACCAUUGCAAACUGUGUAUCUACACAUUCUCAUCAGUGGACUUUCCCAUAAGUGGUCAUGGGACAUCUACUGGGGUUACCUUAGACUUUUCUUUUCUUAUUUGUCCCCCCUCUAGCACCAUCAGUUCCCUUGUUUAAUUGGCUGAAAUGGUUGCCUUUUUAUAAAGACGUUUUAAUAUCUGAAUGUAUCAUUGCUUAUAAGGAAUUACAAGGUGAUGUCCCUGUUUAUCUUAUCAAUCUACUUAAAUUAUACAGCAACAUCUACAGUAGACAAACCAGAUACUGUAAUUUUAACCUAACCUCUCUGAGAUAUAAUCGCGAAACAGAAGGAGGCAGAACUUUAACCAUCACAACUUGGAAAGCAUGGAACAGUUUAUCUUUGCUUGUAGGGCAAAGAGAUUCAGUGGACUCUUUAAAAAAGCGUUGUGGAAUAAAUUUUUUAAACAACAGCAGAAUCUUGAUCAUUUUUCUAUUUAAGUCACCUGAUGAAUUGUGACAUGAUUAUAAGGUUAUAUUUUAUCUUUUAAAUAGUUUAGUAGAUUCUAUAGUAUCUGUAUUCUUUGGUUUUUUUACCUUGUAUUUUUAAUAGCUUAGUAUACUCAUUUUUUAUUUUAUAAUUUAUUCAUUUAUUAUUUAGAGGGCCACAAGGUUAUUAGCUCCAGCUAGUUUGUGCUAACCUUCAUAACAUAAAGUCUUUACUUACUUACUUACUGGUGUGAGCUGACAAGUAAAAGAUGUCUGAAUUAUGUAUACUGCAUCCCUGUAUUUUGUUGCAGUUAGAUGGGAAACUUGAAUAAUGUGAAGGUUUUAGAUGGAUCAAACACUUCUUCAUUUUGUGCUUACUGCCAUCCAUAGUAAUAGUAAAGCCUUUAUACAGGCCCAGGUGGCCAAUGGGGCCAGCGCUUAACUCCAGUUUCCUUAGCAUGAAGUGGCUAGGAGUAUUGCAACUUCCCCCUGGAUGGGAUGUUAGUCCAUCACAAGGUUACCCCCAGCAUAUUUGCUGGUACCCAUUUGUACACCUGGGUGAAGAGAAGCACUGUGAGAGUAAAGUGUCUUGCCUAAGAACAUAACACAAUGACCCUGGCCAGGGCUCAAAACCAGAUCACUUGAUCUGGAGUCAAGCGCACCAACCAUGAGGCCACUGUGCCUCCUACUGCCAUCCAUAAUCUGAUCUAAAUAUUGUGGAUUGGGUUUACAAGCUUAAGCAUACUUGAAAGUCUAUAGAGUACCAUACCCUGGUUUGUGAGGAUAAUUCAGCAAAACACUGGUAACCCUAAGCCCAAGAUCAUUGUAGCAAGCAUUCCAAUCAAUCUAAAAUUUGCAAAUUAUCAAAUAUCACCUCAGAGGCUUUACAGCAAAUGAAUAUUUAUUUUUACACAUCUCUAAAUAUGAACUAAUGUUGUGGAACCCCAUUUUAAUCUUCUAUUUCCAAGCUAAUGUCUGUUUCAUCAGUGGGCUCAGCGUGAUUAAACCAGCAGCUCAUGCUUUAUGAAUCAGGCAGAGCAGCAUCCCUCAUUUGUUUGUGACACUGUAGUUUAAAUUUUGAAAUAUCAUUUGAAUUCAAGUCUGAUAUCUCUAUUGUUGGGAGUUCUUAGAUGAGGCUUUUUCAUGAGUUCCACUUAGACUUCUACCCUUAGUUUAAACUGUUAAUUUCAUGUUAUUUUGGUAUGGUUAUGAGAGGUGUGCCUCUAACUAUUGUCUGGUGAUUGAUUGAGUUUCCUGAAAAAUAAAUCACCUUUUGAUUAAACAGUGAAGUUAAACAAUAUUGAGUUACUUGCUUUUUGUAUCACUUUAAUUAACUGAUUAUGGUCUUUGCAGGUCCCCACUAAACCCAGUAGCAAAUACAAAGUCAAGAAUUGAUUCUGGGCCACCUCCUCUUAUCUCGAUUAUUCCAAAAUCUGAGGACUCUGGAUACAUGCACUCUCACCUUCCUCCACACUCACGGCCAUCUGUAAUCACAUCCACCAAUAUUAUUCGCAGGCCAGUUGGUUUUAUGGCCCCAUCCCACCUUUAUGGUCCAACAGAAAUGUUUUGUUACCCAGGUCCUCACAGACGUGAAAUUGUGGAAUCAGGAAUCAUUGAUCCUUUUGUAGAAGAACACUUUCGUCGUAGCCUUGGUGAUGACUACAAAUGUGUCAGCCCAACAGCAAUAUCUACAGCAGGCUCAGUUGAUGACCAUUUUGCAAAGGCUCUCGGAGACACAUGGCAGAAAUUAAAAAAACCUGAAGUAUCAACUCAGUCUUCAAAUUCACCACAACUGCAAUCUAUUGUAUCACCUGCCAACUAGCUCUUUAUCUUUUUACAUAUUUUCUUAAGUAGGUGCUAGAGUUUAUCAUGUAGGGGGUUUGUGUCUUUGUCAUGAUGCUACUUUUCACAAAUUUAUUGUAUGCAUAACUUGCCAAUUCUGGCAUAAACAAUACAUGAUUUAUUGUUUGUAAUGCUGAAAUUUUAGACUUUCAAGCAGAUGAAAUAGAUUAGGCUUACUUUGAUUUGUGAAGAUGCAUCAUUUAAAAUGUUUGCAUUAUUUGUUGAGAACUUGUGUUAUUUAGCUAUAGCAUGAGGGCUGGCAAUGAAUGCAGUACACAGAUGUACAUGUACUAUGUACAUGUUUUGAACCCAAGACCAUUUUAGUUUCUCAGAAAUGUAUUUUUACUGUGUGUGUUGCCUAAGGUGUUGUGAAUGUCAAGGUCCACAUGCAUGUCUAAAGAGCAGUUUAGAAAUUAAGAAUUUCUAAAGGGAUUAUGAUGUUCAUGAAUUUCUACUACAUUUCAGACACUCAUUUUCUGACUUAACUCAUGAGUGAAUUUUUGUACCAUCUCUAGUUCAUACUGCUAUUUCUACACACAAUUACACUCUGCUAGAAGCAAAGGUAGAAAUAGUUUUUCUAAGGUUUCUUGCAUCAUAGAAGUGACUUAUGUGUUGAUUUUCAUCGUCAGAGGCAAUUCCUUUAACUCAAUUUAAAAAAAACUGCAUGUUUAAAAAACUUUUUAACCCAUUCGUUACUUUUUUAUCCAUAGUUGUAAUUCUACUUUUUUAACAAAUUAUUUUUGGCAAUGAUGAUGUAGAGUAGAAAAGUUUAUCAACAGCUUAAAUUUUUUUCCUAUCAAACUUAUAAUACAAGGGCAUGUCAUUUAACAGGCAGUUAGCAAGGAAAUUUAAAUGGCAUGUCAGUAUAGAAAAAAUUCUACAGGCCCUUUAUUAGUUUGAUUUAAAAUUGUUACCCAUGGACAGAAGCUAAUAUGUAUCAAGUUGGGAUCUUUUUUAUUUAAUAGAUACUGAAAUUUACCCUGUGAAGUACUAUCCUUUUUGUCUCUGAUUGGAGGAAUAAUGUAUUUAUACAUUACAGCUUCCAAUCUUUGAAUUGAAAUGUGAAAAAAUCUCAGUACAUAUGAAGUUAAAACAUCAUGCUAUCAAAAGUGCUUGAAAAAUUUUUAUUCACUGGUUGGGAUGCAUCCAGAGACCAUUUUAUUCCAUGGAAUGAUCUCUUUGUUCUUGUCAAUGGUGAAAAAGGUUCUUUAGAACUGGUCUUUGGUAAGAGUUUUCGGAGGAUGAUUGAAUUGCACUGAGUAGACACAGAGAAAUCUCGAUUAUCAAAUUGUUUUAAAUGUGUGGUUUUUAGGCAUGAAUUGAUGGACCCUAUAGACACAGCUGCAAAAAA